AUCAAACCAAACACUUCUGACAUUCAUACGAUUUCAUGAAAAUCAUACCCCUCAUUCGAACCUGAUGUGGUGAGAAAUUUAUGAAAAUACAUUUCCUAAAAUUCCCUUAUGCUUCCAUAUUCAUACAAAUGCUACCCAAAAGCGGAACAAAGGGUUGAACAAAGGCUAACUUCACGCCAUCCAGCGUGCACAGCCCCCACCUCUGCAAACUCUCCAUCCAUCCACCGCCCUUCACUUCACAUUCUAUUUUGUCCAGUUAAUAAUAAAAACAGAGGGAAUAAAUUUCUGAAAAAAAUAAAUUCCCGACGACAUGACUUGUGAAAAGUGUGUCGUUUGUACGGCCCCGGCGAGCGAGACUAAUCGGAGCGUCGGGGGGGAGGACUCGAUGGGGGACGAGAUUAACCUAUUUUUCUUGACGGAUCUCCUCCCCCCGCAGUUUUUGGUCCAUUUGGGGGCCCGGAGGGGGGAUAUUGUGAGGCAAAAAGAAGCCGGGGGGUUGACCAAGCUGCUGGAAAGUUUGGUUAAAAGCCAAGCCGCGCCGUCGACGUGGGUCUCAUUCUGCGACGAUUGCACCCUGAUCGUCGCCGCGCGACAGCUUCGCCUCCAAAUUGACCUCUGUCAACUGCAGUUGGACGGACACCGGAAACGAGUUUUGGCCCUCGUGGAAGGCACGUGGGAAGAGACCACUGACGGCGCCGCCACCACUGACGCCGAGGGCGGCGCCACCACCACCAAGGGCGGCGCCGCCACCAUCAACGCCGAGGGCGGCGCCGCCACGCCCAACGCCGAGGGCGCCCCUACAAUAUUCGACCGCGUCCGCGCCGCCGUGAUCCGCUCGACAAAAGCUAGCGACGAGAAAAGUACAAGAAAAGGCGAAGACGGGGACGAAGAAGGUGCAGGUCACAUCAAAGCAGAAGCCGAAUCUGAUGCUGAAAUAAGUUUCGAUGACGAUUUAGACCUCGAAGAUCCCCCUCCGUCACAACGGCCAAAAAAAAGAGGCCGGAAACCCAAAGCCGAACGGACCCCACGUGCCAAGCGCGUGGCCUCCUCGGCGACGACACCGUCAUCCUCCGCACCGAAGAAGAGAUGUGUCAAAAGACCCAUAAAAUCCCUGCUGGACGGAACGGAACAGUCCGAGGCGGACGCGGACGCCGAGUUGGCGGACGAGCUUCUGGAGGAAAUCGGGCGUGACGAGGACGAAGGGGGCGAGGGGACCAAGAAGGAGGAGGUCAACAUGAUCCGGACGCAUUCGGGGAGACGGGUGACGAAACCAGACUACAAAAAGUUGCUGGGGGAGGACAGCGAGGACGAGGAGGAGGCCCUUCUCACCGUCAAGGAUGAGAGAGAACUGCUGGAAGUGGAAUAUUCCGAGUCUGAAGACGAAGACUUUGUGACGGAGGCUGACCAACUCUCCGACAUUGAGGAGAGCAGCGCCACCUCCGACACGGAGGACGACGAAGACGACGACGCUUCCAAUGACGACGAUGGCGCGACGAAAGAUGACGACGACGACCUCCCGCUCUCCGCGAGAUUAAAGAAGCGCCGAAAAUCUGCGCCCGUCGUCCCCCGAAUUUCCUGCUCGCAUCCGACGUGUCGCAGAACGUUCAAAACAGAGCAACAAAGAGAUACACAUUUCGAGAAAAGUCACGGCCCGGGAUCUGAAGAGAAGGAAAAAGUGCAAAAAAGUGGCAAAAAGCGAUAUCCGUGCGAACACUGCGAUGAGCUCUUUAUCCGCAAAAAGAUCCUCGUGGCGCAUUUAUUCUCCAAGCAUGGAAUCGCUCCAAGAAAGCGAGGAACUUACGCCGAAAAACGCCACGUCUGCCCCCUCUGCUCCCAAAAGUACCGGAACCCCGCGGAACUCGCCCUCCACCACCGCCGCACCCACACCGGCGAAACCCCCUUCGCCUGCCCCCACUGCGAGUCCGCCUUCAUCACGACCGUCUCCAGAGAACGCCACAUCGAAAAAAUGCACUGGACGGAACCCCCCCUCAAGUGCACCUACUGCCCGAAAGCCUUCUUCCGCCACCACCGCCUCACCGCACACAUCGGGACCCACACGAAACAGAAAAACUACGUGUGCGAAAUCUGCGCCCAGGCCUUUUCGCAACCCACCUUCCUCAAAUAUCAUCAAACGACACAUCCCGAACUCAAUUUAGAAGCGUAUCGCUGCACCGCCUGCGACAAAAUCUUCUCCAACCCGACCAAGGAAGUUGGCGCGGCAUGAGAAGAUUCAUAGUGGGGAAGGGGGUGCGGGAGGGGGUGGGGGGCCCCCAGUAGUGAAGAAUUUGCCGUUUAGGUGUGAGUUUUGUGGGAAGGGGUGUGCAGAAUUGCCGCAUUUGGCGAGUCAUAAGAGGUACUGUAAGGUCAGGUUGGGCCAUCAGCAGCAGCAGCAACAGCAGGUUGUGCAACAGCAAGUUGUGCAACAGCAAGUUGUGCAACAACAACCGCAACCACAGAUUUCAAUUCCUCCCGGAGGAUAUGUUGGGGGGGGAGGGGGAGGAAAUUUGGGACAGAUGGGACACUUAGGAGCAGCGAUUGGGCACGUGUUGGGGGCAAAUAUGAUGUAGGAGGGGGGAAGGGGAUUAAUUUGAGGUUUUUUUUAGGAAAUGUCCUAUUGCGAAAAUUGUUUUCCGGGAUUUUCUGUGACCACGCAUGCAGCGUUUACGUAGGGCAUUUACAUAGAGCAGCGAUGGGACACUUGCUGGGGGAGAUAUGAUGUAGUUUUUUAGGGAAAAUAAUGUAUAGCGGUUUUGUAUGCAGGUUUUAUUGUUUUUGCAAAAACUUGACGGGUUUUGUGCAUUUAAUAAUACUUAAGUUUCCACUUUUGAGAAAAGACUUUAUUGCGUGUAAAUAAUUUUAUUAAAUUGCAAUCCUAAUUUAAUUUAUGUAUAGUUUUAUGAACCCUUUUUUGGCAAAAUUUUGGCCUAUUUACAUGUGGAUAAUAUUUAGAAAAGUGGUAUGCACAUAUUUGCAUAUUUAACCAGUGGCAGCUCCACGGCUUAAAACUGGGUGCAACUUGGGACUAGAUGAAAUCUUAAAAUGACGCAUUUUUCGGGACGUACUACAAGUUUUUUACUCUAAAUAUUGAUGUUAAUCGUAUAUAAAUAUGUACAAUAAAUAAAAUAAAUAAGUUUUGUAGUUACAUACGAAUA